AUGCCUCCAUACGAGCUGAUCCCACCCCAAAGAAAUUUGAGAAGGAGCCUCCAAAGGUGCAUAAGAAGCACCCAGUUACGGAAGCUUAUGUCUGCUUACAGUGGUCGACAGUCAGUGGAGUUAAACUCCAUUGCAUUCUUAUUUGAUGGUUGUCGACUCCGUGGAGAGCAGACUCUAGAUGAGCUUGAAAUGAAGGAUGGUGAUGAAAUAGAUGCAAUGCUGCACCAAACUGGAGGGGUUGCAUGGAUGUAG